UGUCAAUCUUACUGCAAAAUUUUGAAUUCUCGGUCUAGAAUUCGACAAGAUAAUUUAAAUAUUUUUCAACUAUUUCUAGACAUCACAUAAAUCUGCGUCGGUCGGCGGUCGAAUCAUGUUAUUCGCUGCGUUGUUGUGUUUUUUCGUGGCCUUCGCAUCUGGAUAUGUCGAUAAAGGGUCGCCACCACAAUGGAGUCCGGUAUACACAGUAAAGGGACUCCUAAAUAUACCCUAUGCUGAACUGCAUGAGCCAUUCUAUGCUUGGUACGACAGUAAGAACAGCAAAUCAAGAAUCGAUUACUAUGGAGGUAUGGUCAAGACUUACCAGUUCACGUCAGCGGUCUACCCGCCCUACGGUACUUCUAUAAAGAUCGCGCCGGUCACAACGGAAACCGAGAUGAACAAGGAGACGUGCCUGCAAGUCAAUUCGACGCAAGAUCAGCUCCAAGACAUCCAAUCAGUGCUACCGGACAUGACCGAUUUUAAAUAUAUCGGCACAGAAACAAUGCAGGAUGCCGACACGGCCAAAUGGCAGAUGGUACAGCCGGUCGGCGAUAAGCUAAACAAAUACACGAUGUGGGUUAAAUACAAGAAGACUUUGAAAGGGGACUCUGUGCCCAUACCGGUCCGAUAUGAGAUGAAAGGUUUCAAUUCGCUCCUGGGCUCCCACUACGAUCAUUACUAUCUGGAUUAUGAAGAUUACAAUAUUGAUGAAAUCGAUCCUGACGUCUUCAAAGUUGACAGUAACAUGCAGUGCACUGGGUUCCCGGGGCCCGGCUCGCGGCACUUCGCCACCUUCAACCCGAUGAAGGAGUUCGUGCGGCCCGUGCACGACGCCCACGUCCACGACGAGUUCGAGCGUUUCAAAGUCAAACACCAGAAGCAGUACGCGAGCGACCUGGAGCACGAGAAGAGGCUGAACAUCUUCAGGCAGUCGCUCAGAUACAUACAUUCGAAUAAUCGAGCGAACCGCGGUUUCACCAUGUCCGUGAACCAUCUGGCCGAUCGCACUGACGACGAGCUCGCCGCCCUCAGAGGGAGGAGGUACUCGGGGCCCAGCCCUCACGGUCUCCCGUUCCCGUACAGCAAGUCUCGAGUGGAGGAGUUGAGCGUGAAGCUGCCUCCGGAACACGACUGGAGAUUAUUCGGAGCGGUCACUCCCGUUAAAGAUCAGUCGGUGUGCGGCUCGUGCUGGUCGUUCGGCACGGUGGGCGCGGUGGAGGGCGCGCUGUUCCUGCACAACGGCGGACACCUGGUCCGGCUCAGCCAGCAGGCGCUCAUCGACUGCUCCUGGGGUUUCGGGAACAACGGCUGCGACGGAGGCGAGGACUUCAGGGCCUACGAGUGGAUCAAGAGGCACGGCCUCCCCACUGAGGAGGACUACGGAGGAUACCUCGGACAGGAUGGCUACUGUCAUGUCGAUAACGUGACGGCUGUCACUUCGAUCACCGGCUGGGUUAACGUGACGACAAACGAUGAGAAGGCGCUCAAGUUGGCGAUCUUCAAGCACGGUCCGAUUUCGGUGGCCAUCGACGCUUCCCACAAGAGCUUCAGCUUCUACGCGAACGGAGUGUAUUUUGAACCGAAAUGCAAAAACAAAGUCGAAGAGCUGGACCACGCGGUGCUGGCGGUCGGCUAUGGCGUCCUCAACGGCAAGAAAUACUGGCUCAUCAAGAACUCCUGGUCGAACAUGUGGGGGAACGACGGCUACGUCCUCAUGUCCUCGAAGGAGAACAACUGCGGAGUCGAAAGUGCACCCACAUACGUACUGAUAUAAGGCUCAUAGUCGCUUGACUAUUUCACUCGAUUAUUAGAAAGUAUAAGUUUGUAAUGCAUGCUCUCUCUCUCUCUCUCUCUCUCUCUGUCUCUCUAUCUUUAUCUCUGUUCGUCUUAAGUUUGCUAAUUCUACGAAUCAAACAGCAAGCUCGUACCGAAAAAAUAAAAACAUACAAAAAUAUAUAUAUAUACAGGGUGUUACAAAACUACCCGUAAAGCCGACAGGAGGUUAAAUGGGCCCUUAUAACAAUUCCAUUCACAAUAUUUAAGAACCGUAGUAACGCUGUAUAACAUACCCCCCAAAAAAUAAACAAAUAUUAUUAAUUUCACUGACGU